AUGAGCCAGGACUGCUCUGGCAGCCCGCUAACAAAGCCAGUCAUGAAGGAUGUCCCAUGCUUCUUUCUGCUGGUGGUGGUGGAACUGGGUUUGGCCAAAGCAAGCCCUGUCCCCACUUCCAAUCCACUCCCAGGUCAACAGGGUUGUGACAUGGGCAGAUUCAAGACUCUGCCCCCCAGCGAGCUGGCAGCCUUUAAGAAGGCCAAGGAUGCACUGGAGGAGAUGGUCCUGCAGAAGGGCUGGAACUGCACCACACGACUGUUCCCCAGGAACUGGAACCUAAGGAAGCUGCAGCUGUGGGAGCGACAUGUGGCCCUGGAGGCUGAGCUGGCCCUAACUCUGCAGGUCCUGGGGGCCUUGGCUGAGUCGUCCCUGGGGCCUGUCCUGGCCCCAGCCCUGCACACACUGAGCCUCAUCCACGCCCAUCUCCAGAUCUGUCUCCACACUCAACCAAAAGUUGAACCCCAUCCUCAGGACCAUCUUCACCGCUGGUUGGAGAGACUCCAGGAGUCAGGAAAGAAGGAGUCCCCAAGCUGCCUCGAGGCCUCUGUCACCUUCCAUCUCUUCCACCUGCUCAUCAAGGGUCUGAAGUGCGUGACCCCGAGAGACCUGUGUGUCUGA